AUGGCGUUCCGACGCCCUCUCGCUCUCCACCCGCUCGUGAUCGCCUUCGUGCUGGUCUCCUGUCUCGCCGGCACCGCCAAGGCGAAGCAGACGGGCCAGCUGACCGGUGUGCGCCUGACGGCGACGCCGCGGUGCGGGUUGCCCGACCCCCGCCUGGGGGCGGCGCUCCGGACGGGGCUGUUCGAGCGCAUCCACGUCAGGUUCUACGGCAACGACUCAUGCUCGCUGGGGAAGGGCGGGACGUACGGCGUGGUAGAGCAGUGGGAGAAGUGGACGGCGGCGUUCCCGAGGACGCAGGUGUACCUGGGCCUCGCGCCGGCGGAGAGCGGCGUGCCGGAGGGGGCGCAGGGCACCGUCGCCGUUUACCUCAAGUACCUGUACUACGACCUGCUGCCCAAGGUGCAGAAGGCGAACAACUAUGGCGGGGUCAUGGUCUGGGACAGGUUCACCGACAAGAAGACACGCUGGAGCAGCGUCGUCAGUGGAUGGGCCUGA